AAGCGCAUUAAGCACUGUAGCUACACGACAGUUGAAUAAAAAGGCUGUAAACUCUAAUCAGUGCUGUCAAUUUACAUUUGGAUGUAUUCUAUACUUCUCUCUGUGUUCGCCUGUUUAUCGACAUGUUAUUGUUUGGUAGCAAAAGCUGAGAAUCGGGACCAUUGUCUUCUUCUGAAGCAGUGGCUUGAAUCCUCAUCAGUGGCAGUGGAGCUCAGCAAAAAGGGUUUUCACAGGGAGGUGAUUACCACAGUGGAGCUCAAACCUGAUGUGCUCAGCGAUGUCAGAGUUUUGCUGGUUCAUCGAUGGCCCAGAGGCGUCUAUGUUGAUCCAUAUCAACUCGCAUCGCUGAGUGAUCAACAUGAUUGGAAAAUUUUACUAGAUUCAGCCAUUGACCUGGAGCUUCCUGCUCACAAGACAUCAGGAUUUGUCACCUAUGUGUACCCCUCCCACAUUGGACCAACUCCCAGACCGCUGAAAGUAACAAUUCCAGUACAUGGGCGCUAUCACGAGCCUUCUUUUGUUGGGAAAACAUUUACAUCUGUAGACGUAGAAUCUCCAGAGCUGCUGCUGUGGACCGAAAAAUGCACGCAGCUCAGCAGCUUACAGCCUCAUGCUGCGGUGGACGCCCCGUGCACUGUCAGCAAUUCAAGCACUUGUCAGUGGGUUAAAAUCCAGCACCAGCAGGAGCUCAGCCCUUUGAGCUUCCAGUUUCCAGUUGGUGAUGCGUCCUUGGUGGCGCCUGUAUGCGGAGGAACUCUUCUGGUCACGAUGUCGUGCUGUGCGGCGUUGUCCAGAUAUAUGUGGAAACAUCGAAUCAUUUAAACAGCAGCGGUCAACAGAACUUGUUCUGUCUGACAGCAGGAUCAUUCCCAAGGCACUGCCCAGGGCACGCAGGGAGAUGACACUUCCUGUUUUGCUCAAUUUAAAACACUUAGCUGAGGAAUGUGUGCUACCUCCAGUCACGUGUUAGGACAUCCUUUAUCUCAACAACAAUUUAAACAGCUAAUAAUGACUUGUUGAAUUUCUGUGCUUUGUCUGUUCUUUGGUAAUUUUAUCUUUGUUAACUAAAGACACGUGUUGACUGUUGAAACUGUAGAGUCACGCUGGUUGUUUGACACCCAGCCCUGCUGACAUUUCCUUUGUGAAAUUCUUUCUUUUGAUGAUGCAGAAUGCAGAUAAGACUGCUGUAAAUAAAACAUUUAUAGCCAAUGUUAA